AUGGGGAACGUGGACGGCGAGCACGAGUUCCAUGCAGCCAACCGGAGAGCAGAGGUGAUAGAUUGGCUUGGUGGGUUGCUGCCGGAGUUCGACUUGCCUUUGGAUUCUUCAGACGAGGAGCUGCGGGAGUACCUCAUUGAUGGCACGGCACUAUGCUACAUUGCAGAGAAACUCAUGCCCGGCAUUCAGGAGGAAAUGUGGGGUGGUAAUGCAUCGGAUCAGAGGUCAAAUGUGAAGAAAUUCCUCUGUUUCGUUGCGGAAAUGGGUCUGCCAGGCUUCAGUGUCAAGGAUCUGGAGGAGGGGUCGGUGUCUUCUGUGGUGGAGUGUCUCUUGGCUCUAAAGGAUAAUGUGACUACAGGAUUGGGUCAAAACAUUACAAACAAUGCUGCUAAAACACCCCUUAGAAGGAAACUGGAACUUGAAGAAUCUGAUGGGCCUAUAAUUUCGGUUAUGACACCGGGGAAAAGAUCUGGGGAGGAAAGAUGGAAGGGCCACUGGGAUCCUAAGUCUCAACAAAGAAGUAUUCUUCAUUCUGGACAAAAGGUCCAUGAUGCUUUCCAACUUAAGCGAGGCUCCUUCACUGAUCUUCCUCCUGCCAAAGUUUCAGAGAUGAUGCAUCCAAGAAGUCUAGAUAAUGCCCCUACCCAAUCACUUCUUAGAGUUGUUAAUGGCAUUCUAGAUGAGAGCAUUGAGAGGAAAAGAGGAGAAAUACCACACCGUGUUGUUUACUUGCUAAGGAAUGUUGUUCAAGAGAUUGAGCAUCGCAUUGCUAUUCAAGCGGAUCACAUAAGAAAUCAAAAUAGCAUCAUCAAGACUCGGGAAGACAAGUACCGUUCAAAAAUUAAAGCACUCAAGACAUUAGUAAAUGGCACAAAUGAAGAAAAUGAGAUGACAGUAAAUCGACUUGAGCUAGUUGAGGUAGAAAAAUCAAAACUUGAUGAGAAAAGAAAACUAGGUGAACAAGACAUGGUUCGGCUGAUGCAAGAAAAAGAGAAUGCAGAAAAUACAAUUGCUUCCCUUCAGCAAGAAAUACAGAUCUUGAGUAGGAUGCAUGAACAGUACCGUGAAAGAAAGGAAACAGAAGCCAGGCAGAUGGAGGAACACUUGGCUAUGAGACUUAAGGAGGCUGAGUUUCUUUUAAUGCAAUCAAAAAAGAAAGCUGAAGAAAUUGAAUCUGCUUCCCAACUAAAAUCUCAACUUUGGAGCAGAAAGGCAAACAUUUUCCAGAGUUUUAUUGAUAAUAAAAAAUUGUCCAUUAAGGACAUAAGGAUAUCAUCUCAGUCCAUUAAGCAGGAAAUGUUUGCCCUUCAAAUGAAAUGGAGGGAUGAAAUAUCUAACAUUGGACAUGAUUUGAAAGGCUUGGUUGAUGCUGCUGACAAUUACCAUAAGGUUCUUGCUGAAAACCAGAAGCUAUUUAAUGAGGUACAGGAACUAAAAGGCAAUAUCAGAGUCUAUUGUCGUGUCAGACCAUUUCUUCCUGGUCAAGAUGGAAAAACAACCGUUAUUGAUUAUAUUGGUGAAAAUGGUGAGAUUCUCAUCACAAAUCCCUUCAAGCAAGGGAAGGAUGCGUGUCGAAUGUUCAAGUUUAACAAAGUGUUUAAUACACAUGCUUCUCAAGCUGAAGUAUUCUCUGAUAUCCAGCCUCUGAUCAGAUCAGUUCUUGAUGGAUUUAAUGUGUGCAUUUUUGCCUAUGGUCAAACUGGUUCAGGAAAAACUUACACAAUGAAUGGGCCAGGCACAUCAAAAGAAGAUUGGGGUGUUAACUAUCGAGCUUUAAAUGACUUGUUCGACAUCUCUCUAAGUAGAAGAAAUGCUUUCUCAUAUGAGGUGGGGGUGCAGAUGGUUGAGAUUUACAACGAACAACCUAACGGACUUGUUGUCCCUGAUGCAAGUUUACAUCCAGUCAAAUCAACAUUGGAUGUACUAGAGUUGAUGGAAAUUGGACAAACAAAUAGAGCAGUUGGAUCAACAGCUCUGAAUGAAAGGAGCAGUCGAUCUCACAGCAUUCUAACUGUGCAUGUUAGAGGGGUGGAUUUGAAGAAUGGAACUACUUCUAGAGGAUGUCUACAUUUGAUUGAUCUUGCUGGAAGUGAAAGAGUUGAGCGAUCUGAAGCAAUUGGAGAUAGAUUAAAAGAAGCACAGUAUAUUAACAAAUCUCUCUCUGCUCUUGGUGAUGUGAUUUUUGCUUUAGCACAGAAAAACGCCCAUGUUCCUUAUCGAAACAGCAAGCUGACUCAAGUUCUACAGAGCUCUUUAGGUGGACAAGCAAAGACACUGAUGUUUGUUCAAAUUAAUCCGGAUACUGAAUCAUAUUCAGAAACAAUAAGCACUUUGAAGUUUGCUGAAAGAGUUUCUGGAGUUGAAUUAGGUGCUGCAAGGAGUAACAAAGAGGGUAAAGAUAUAAAAGAGCUGCUAGAACAGGUUUCAUAUCUGAAAGACACAAUAUCACGGAAAGAUAUGGAAAUCGAUCAACUCUUAAAGGACAAAGCCAAAUCUCCAAGUUCAUCAACAGAUAGAAAUGACAAUAGCCAACAGAUCCGACAACUAUCAGGGGCUGGUGGAUCAGGUGAAGCCGAAUGUGAAGAUAACAUGUCUGAUGAUGGCUACUCAGUAGCAGGAACUGAGUGUUCUGUAGGUGGUGCUUCAGAGGCAACAGCAGAACGGAUGCAGAAGGCCCCAUCAAGGAUAGCCAGGCUGUUCCUCACAAAGAAUGGGCAGUCUGCAAACCCCAAGCCAAAACCAAGGGAGUCUGCUCUGAAACCGCCAGGCCGCACGACAUCUACACGAAGCCAGGUGACAGGAGGAUCUUCAGUGAAACCCCGAAGAGGCGGUAGAGAAAUAAAGAUUCCAGGAUCUGGGGUUUGCCAUGUUGAUGGCCUGGGUGUAAAGUUUGGGCUCCAUUUUGUCCAUGGGCACUUUGUCUUUUUAUUGAUGAACCAGUGUGGUUGA